GAGGUGGCUCAGCCGCAAGAUGGCGGCGCUGGCGGAGGAGCAGACGGAGGUGGCGGUCAAGUUAGAGCCAGAGGGACCGCCGACGCUGCUACCUCCGCAGGCGGGGGACGGCGCUGGCGAGGGUGGCGGCGGCACUACCAACAACGGCCCCAACGGCGGCGGCGGGAACGUUGCGACGGCGUCGUCGUCGGCCGGCGGGGAUGGUGGGACCCCCAAGCCCUCGGCGGCUGUCUCCGCCGUUGCUCCGGCGGGGGCGGCCCCGGUGCCCGCCGCUGCUCCGGAGGCAGGCGUUCCCCACGACCGACAGACUCUGCUGGCCGUGCUGCAGUUCCUGCGGCAGAGCAACCUCCGCGAGGCCGAAGAGGCGCUGCGCCGUGAGGCCCGGCUGCUGGAGGAGGCAGUGGCGGGCACCGGAGCCCCGGGAGAGGCGGACGGCGCCGGUACAGAGGCGGCUAGCGCGCUUCUCAGCCGGGUCACAGCCUCGGCCCCCGGCCCCGCGGCCCCUGACCCUCCGGGCACCGGCGCUUCGGGGGCCGCCGCCGUCUCGGGCUUAGCGACAGGUCCUGCGGCUCCGGGGAAAGUUGGAAGUGUAGCUGUAGAAGACCAGCCGGAUGUCAGUGCUGUGCUGUCAGCCUACAACCAACAAGGGGACCCCACAAUGUAUGAAGAAUACUAUAGUGGACUGAAACACUUCAUUGAAUGUUCCUUGGACUGCCAUCGGGCAGAGUUAUCCCAACUGUUUUAUCCUCUGUUUGUACACAUGUACUUGGAACUAGUCUACAAUCAACAUGAGAAUGAAGCAAAAUCAUUUUUUGAGAAGUUCCAUGGAGAUCAGGAAUGUUAUUACCAGGAUGACCUACGAGUAUUAUCUAGUCUUACCAAAAAGGAACACAUGAAAGGGAAUGAGACCAUGUUGGAUUUUCGAACAAGUAAAUUUGUUCUGCGUAUUUCCCGUGACUCGUACCAACUCUUGAAGAGGCAUCUUCAGGAGAAACAGAACAAUCAGAUAUGGAACAUAGUUCAGGAGCACCUCUACAUUGACAUCUUUGAUGGGAUGCCGCGUAGUAAGCAACAGAUAGAUGCGAUGGUGGGAAGUUUGGCAGGAGAGGCUAAACGAGAGGCAAACAAAUCAAAGGUAUUUUUUGGUUUAUUAAAAGAGCCAGAAAUUGAGGUGCCUUUGGAUGAUGAAGAUGAAGAAGGAGAAAAUGAAGAAGGAAAACCUAAAAAGAAGAAGCCUAAAAAAGAUAGCAUUGGAUCCAAAAGCAAAAAACAAGAUCCCAAUGCUCCACCUCAAAACAGAAUCCCUCUUCCAGAGUUGAAAGAUUCAGAUAAGUUGGAUAAGAUAAUGAAUAUGAAAGAAACCACCAAACGAGUACGCCUUGGGCCAGACUGUUUACCCUCCAUUUGUUUCUAUACAUUCCUCAAUGCUUACCAGGGCCUCACUGCAGUGGAUGUCACUGAUGAUUCUAGUUUGAUUGCUGGAGGUUUUGCAGAUUCAACUGUUAGAGUGUGGUCUGUGACACCCAAAAAGCUUCGUAGUGUUAAACAAGCAGCAGAUCUUAGCCUCAUAGACAAAGAAUCAGAUGAUGUCUUAGAAAGAAUAAUGGAUGAGAAAACUGCAAGUGAGUUGAAGAUUUUGUAUGGUCACAGCGGGCCUGUCUAUGGAGCCAGCUUCAGUCCGGAUAGGAACUACUUGCUUUCCUCUUCAGAGGAUGGAACUGUUAGAUUGUGGAGUCUUCAAACAUUUACUUGCUUGGUGGGAUAUAAAGGACACAACUACCCAGUAUGGGAUACACAGUUUUCUCCAUAUGGAUAUUAUUUUGUGUCAGGGGGCCACGAUCGAGUAGCUCGGCUCUGGGCUACAGACCACUAUCAGCCUUUAAGGAUAUUUGCUGGCCAUCUUGCUGAUGUGAAUUGUACCAGAUUCCAUCCAAAUUCUAAUUAUGUUGCUACGGGCUCUGCAGACAGAACUGUGCGGCUUUGGGAUGUCCUGAAUGGGAACUGUGUAAGAAUAUUCACUGGACACAAGGGACCAAUUCAUUCCUUGACAUUUUCUCCCAAUGGGAGAUUCCUGGCUACAGGAGCAACGGAUGGCAGAGUACUCCUUUGGGAUAUUGGACAUGGUUUGAUGGUUGGAGAAUUAAAAGGCCACACUGAUACAGUCUGUUCACUUAGGUUUAGUAGAGAUGGUGAAAUUUUGGCAUCAGGUUCAAUGGAUAAUACAGUCCGGUUGUGGGAUGCUGUCAAAGCAUUUGAAGAUUUAGAGACUGAUGAUUUUACUACAGCCACUGGGCAUAUAAAUUUACCUGAGAAUUCACAGGAGUUAUUGUUGGGAACAUAUAUGACCAAAUCAACGCCAGUUGUACACCUCCAUUUUACGCGAAGAAACUUGGUUCUAGCUGCAGGAGCUUAUAGUCCGCAAUAAAUCGGUAUUAAAGACCUUUUGGAAGCUACUGUUUGAAAAAGGGAGACUAAAAGCAAAUACCUCAGUGAUUAAUAUUUAAGCUACAAAGAAUGUUUUGUCUAUAUGGAUCUGGAAGGAUGCUGCUUGGAAAAUCUGAACAGGACAGUUCCACGUUUCUAUAGCAACCACAUUUAACUAAUUUCCGUUAGUUGAAUAAGAGGUAUUAUGUUCGUGGAGGGACAUUUAUGGUGCUCUGGAUGUGUGGAAACUAUGCAUUUUCUGUUCAAAUGCUAUUUUAAUUUAUUAUGUUUAGGAAAAAAAAUCAGUUGACUUCAAUAAUCCAUCCUGCUUCAAGAUUCAAAUCAAGUAAUAUAAUACCAUCUUGAAUUUUAGCUGAAGAAUUCUAUGAGCAUGUGUUUCUGCUGUAAAAAUGUGGUUACUGUAUGGCACUCAAGUACUAUGUUAAAUGAUCCACUAACAUUUUUGCUUGGCCCAUGACUAGUGGAAUGUUACUGGUAGGGUGAACUAUAAUUUCUUUCUAAGAACUAGAUGAAGUACAACCAUCUACUGACAUCUGAAUUUAUAUCUGUUGGAUUCUGAGUGCACCCAACACUCUAUAAGCCAGGUGAAGAAAAUUUAGCUUCCAUGUUCUACUUCAGCUAAAAUAGCUACAUACAACCUAGUACACUUGAAGUCAGACAGACAUUUCAGUUGCUUACCUCCAGUACUGAGCCUUGCUUUGGGAAACUAAAAGAUUUAGACCAAGUCACUGCCAGUUUUUUGCCUUCGUUGCAUUUUGUACAGUUUUUAUAUUUUUGAUAUCUUGUAA